UCUAUUCAUUCCAUUUUUUCAUGCUUCUUCAAAAACCCAUUCUGGAUGAAUAUAUAUUUCAACUCCCAUGUACAAAAUCCGCUCGCCCACAGGCGCGUCCCCUCUGCUUUCUCACCCAGCGUCGAGACAGCGGGAAAACACACCCCCAACUCCAGAAUGAAUAACAAAAUUGGAACUAGGGAAAAACGAAAAGGAUCCCGCCACGUACAUUUCGCCGACGUAGCGACUUCGUCUUCAAACAACGCUGAUGCACCCUUCCUCCCACCCGUAGCGUCAAGACAACAGGAAAAUACACCCUCCAGGACGAGCAACAACACUGAAGCUAAGAAGAAAGGGAAAGGCUUCCGCCACGUACAUUUCGCCAACGCAGCAGCCUCGUAUCCAUCUAAAGCUGAUCCGCCUCCUGCUCCCGCUCCACCCCCGCCACAGCUUUUGAUAGCAGAGUUCGCUUAUAAUCAAACUACAAGUUCAAGAGGAGAAAAUCCCGAUAGUACUGGCAGUCAAUCCUCCACAGAAGAUACGACCGAGAGGAGGAUUGUGAAGAUUAAGUCGCAACCAUAUCACUCCCAACAACUCGUUGUCGCACAACACCCGUCUUUAAAAGCGAAGGACCGAUCGUCCGAAAAGAAAGCGAUCUCAUAUAGCAAGGAGGACGCGGCGGAUACGCCACCUACCACCUCUGCACGGGAUUCGUCAAGUAGGGCGAAGCACCACUAUCCCAAACCGAAAGCAAACGCAGAUAAACACGCAGAGGAAUCGAGUACACAACAGUCUGCUACAUCUGCCAUUACACGAGUGCCAUCUAGUAAAGUUAAGGAUCGUGUCAUAGAGACGAAAGCAAUCGCGGAUCAACACGCAGAACUAACGUAUUCGAAACAAACCAAAAUUGCACGAAGAUUAUCCACUAAAGCAAAGGACCGCUCUUCCAAUACAGAACCACAGCAGCCAGAGAAGUCCUUCUACAAAGAGGACCCACAUCAGGUCGUUCCCAAACAGCCAGCUAAAACAGCCAAGGACUAUUUUUCUAGCAGGAAGGAAUACACAGAGAAAAUAGCGAGCGUAAAUCCACGACAUCCUCGCGAUAAUCCGCAACAAAAAGCAGCCAGAGCUGAGAAGGAGUGCUCUCCCACUAAAAACAAAAUCCCAGAGAAAGCAUCGAGCAGGAAAGACGAAAAUUAUCAUCCUCGACCUGCUAGGCCCAGACAGAGUCGCUCUUCCACGAAUUACAAGCUAUCCGAGGGAAAUUCAAACGCAGAAAACACGCAGCAAAAACAGCCACGUAGCUAUACAGACCCCAUCGCUUGUUCAGAUACAGCCACAACCACACCCAAAGCAACCCAUUCUUUGCGAUACCGACACUCCCGACCUCAACGCCAACGUCCCCCACCUCCACAAACCUACACUCACGCUCAACCAACCGCCGGUCCACCAUCGUCCGACGAUAGUCUAUACACAGAUAGCUACGCAGGAUCAUACACCGGUGCUCGAUCAACUGGUAACUCCAUAAACACAAACACAACCUCAGCCGUCCACCUCACCAACCCCUUUAUACUAUUACUACUACACCACUCCCGAUUCCAGCUCUACCGCCUCCUCCUCAUCUUCCUCUGAAACCCCUCCGUUCCGUCUCCCUGUUCCUCUCGCCCCACGCCCUACCGCUCCUGCCCAUGCAAACUCCCAAGCAGCGACGCCAGGCAGCUUAACUUUCUCCCCUCACUUCUCCCAGAUCUACUAUC